AUGAGACUUCUGGGAACAUUGUUACAAGUACUCAUGAAAGAAGCAAAAGACAAACGGGCUGGGACAGAAAACGAAAUGCCAAGUGUUGGCAUUGUAAUCAUUCGCUCCAAUUUACUUUGCUGUGGUUUUUUUGGGAAAAUUGUAUUUGCAUUAAUUACAGAACAAUUAUGCGCACUGCAACCCGAUGAAUCUAAACAUUAUGCGAUCUUUUCUAACAAAAUUGAAACUCCUGUAUGUGAGCUAACUUGGAUAUUACAUCAGUGGCAGAAAAAUAUGUAUUCGGCAAAUCCAUUUGAUGUACCAUCAGCUGGGUAUUUGUUGAUAGACAGGCUAUCGCAAGUUAUUGUGGAUGACGGUAGCACAUCGGUUAAUCUUCUAAAAAGGCAACAGGAUUAUCCGUGGAAUCAUCUUCCGAAAUUGGAUCCGAUCGGUCUCGGAAGUCAUUUCUUAAGCUCUUCCUUUGAACGACGCUUAAGAGAUUUCUAUAAGUUGACCGAGAAUAUUCGCGAAGCUGAUCUGGAACAAAGUAAUGAAAUGCAUCUUUGCCUGGGACGGAAACAGUUAUUGGAGGAAACGCAGAAACAAUCAGAAAUAGUGCCGAAUGAAAUUCUCUCAGAAAUGGAAGAAAUGUGGAUGGAUUAUUAUUCCAACUUAAAAUUUGCCGGAAGGAGAAUCAAGAUGUUGAUGACACGUGUUCAGUAUGAGCUACGUCCAGCAUUAGAGUUCCUAAAUCACGGAAAUAUAUAUGACGUGACGUGUGGUUAUUCUUUGUUUUCAAUGGGUAAUUAUUUUCAGUUUCUUAUUAGAGGAUUGUGGAUCUACGAUCAUAUCAUUUACGAAGAAAUAGAAAAUGAAACAGUCCGUUGCAAUCAACUGAUAACGCAUUGGGCUGAGAAGGGAGUAGUUUUAGAAAGAGAUCUGGAAGCAUUACGAUUUUGGAAAUCAGAUGACUUGGACUACGAUGAAGAUAAUGAUUGA